AUGUUACCUGCUGCACUGUAUGGCCAAUUGGCCCCAACUGCCUUCGCUGAUCCAUUGAUUCAGUCUGCUUUGGCCGCCAAUUUGGUCCCACAAACAUCGGUUGCUGCUGCGGCUGCCACAGCUAAUGUUCAAGUAGGUUAAUAUUAAAAUUAUUAAAAGUUAAUCGAAAUAAUGAAAAGCUUCGAUUUGAGCUAAAGAUUUUUUAAAAAAUUAUGGGUACAAUUUUAUUAUUUAUUUUGUACCUAAUUUUACUUUUGAUUUUUAUGGCCCGCCUAGAAAAAAACUAAAAAGCUGCGAACUGCGCUUUGCGGGCGCAGAUCGGGGACGAUUUUAUACCUGUAAAAGCAUUGAUUUCGGGAUUUUUUUGGAAAAUAUCGACCUUAAAUUAAAAUUUUUAGGGUUUUAAGAAAUAUUUACAAUUUAAAUAUAAAUUUUGUAUGUUGUAGUAGAUAUCAGUAUUAACAAUAAAACUUUCAGGGAGGCGAUUCCAGCUCGUCCACAACGCCAACUGGCUCUCGUGACACCACGAUGACCAAGAUCUUCGUUGGCGGAUUACCGUACCACACAACCGAUGACACUUUGCACGAGUAUUUCAAGCAGUUCGGAGAGAUCGAAGAGGCCGUUGUUAUCACUGACAGACAAACCCAGAAGUCGCGAGGCUACGGAUUCGUGACGAUGAAAGAGAAGCCUGAUGCCGAGAAGGCUUGUCGCGAUCCCAACCCCAUCAUAGAUGGUCGCAAGGCCAAUGUGAAUUUGGCUGUUCUGGGCGCCAAACCAAGAAAUAACGUCAAUUUAGCUGGUGAGUACAAUAUUUUAAGUAAUAUUGCUGUAGAUUGUUGAAAAACGGAGUAUAAUGUUGCUGUAGAUUGUGAAUGGUAUGCUAAUAUCAGACAGUACAACGUUUGCGUUUUUUUUCAUUUUGGUAUUUCAUUUUAAUCGAAGGUUUUCGUGCCGGGACCCGAAUUUGUUUGCAAAUGUGUUGCUGUGGAUUACUGUAGAUUACAGUAGCCAGUUUUUUGGAAGUUUGAAGGAAAAUUGUUGCCUUUUUAUUUUGUAGCUUAAAAUUAAAAAACUUUUUGGAAUUUUUUAUUUUAAAUUAUUUAAAAGGUUGAAUUAGUAUGCACCGUGCAAAAAACAAUGCGAUUGCACGGUGCAGGCUUUUCCGACAACUUUUGAAACGAAAAAUGAAAAUUUUAUGAAAAUAAACAAUAAAAUUGUGCUAUUAGAUUGUUCAAAUAAUUCUGAGCCGCCCGACCCCGAAAAUUUGCUUUGAGAGGCGCUCAGAAUUUUUUGCACAACCUAUUACUAUUACCAUUAAGAGCCAACGUGUACUAAAGAUAGAAAAUUUUUACAUUUCUUGACGUAGAUUGACAGUUUUUUUGGUUGUUCUUACUGUUUUGCUCAUGUUACAGCCUUCACCGCACUUGCACCUCAAGUUCAACUCCAGCAACAGCUUCUGCUUCAAGGACGUUUGGGGUGAGUGUGCCAUUUUUAUUUGACUCUUUAACUCUACCGGCUUUUCUUUGUGGUUCUGAGGUGAUUGGAGAGAGAGAUACUGUAGUUUGCACUCUUUGGGUUACUGUACUUCUUGAUGAUUGGGGUUACUGUACUUUAAAGAUGCAGUAUUAGGUUGUUCAGAUAAUUCUGCGCUCCUUCACUCAAAUUAAUUUCAAAUUCGCUUUGAAGAGGCACCUAACUAUUUGAAUAACCUAUACUGUAUUUUUUAUGAUGGGUAACGUAAUUGGGAUUACUGUACUUUAAAGAUGAAUUACAGUAUUUUUUAGGAUUUUUGGGUACUGUAAUUAGCCCUACUGUAUCUUUGAGUUACUAUUACGGUAUUUUGGCGAUAUAAAGACUAAUUUUGUAUGUGUCACAGUAAUAUCAAAAACAAGUUUACUGUAACAUAAAAGUAGCAGUUAAGCCCGAUUUUAAAUUAAAAUCUUUUUAAUUUAAAUUUUUAAAUUUAGGCGUCUUUUUUUGACGUAGACUUGUCAGAUAUAUUAUAUUUUUGGCUCCAAAACACAAAACAUCCGGUAAUAAGCAAUUCUGGCUUUAACGUCACAAAACGGAAAGCAUAAUAAUAUAGACCUUAAUAUAGUGUUCUUUAUCUCUUCGUGUGAUUUUAUUUGAAAUUUUGGGAUUCUUGACAUGAUUUUGUGUUCAAUCUUUACAUUUUAGUAUCGUUAGAGACCUUACUGUAGUUUUAAAGGCCUUACUGUAGUUUAAAGAGCUUUACUGUAGUUUUAAAAGCCUUACUGUAACUUUUUCCAAUAACAUCAUCUUUUAUUUUAUAAACAAUAUAUUUUCUUUCUCUUUCAGCGUGCAACAACUGUACAACCCCGUGGCAACGACCGCUACAGCCGCAACUAGUCAGAUGAUGAACCCUCUGGCUCCACAACUGACUCCCCAACUAUUGGCAGCUAUCUCCCAAAUGCAACAACUGAGUGCCCACCAAGCACAGGUAGCGGCUCAACAACCUCAAGUUAACGCACAACUAGCCGCGGCCAUGCCCCAGACCAACGCCUACUACGCCGCCUUACAAGCAGCUCUGGCCGGCCAACAAGCUCAAGUUGCUCAACAACAACAACCGACUGCUGCCGAACUGGCUGCCCAGUUCGCGGCCCAAUCAGCUGCUGCCGCAUCGAACUCAUUGACCUACAGAAAGGAACGAGAAAAGCACAGAGUCAGCCCAUACUAA